AUGACUCUGAUGGAGAAUAUUUCAGAGGCAACUGAAUUUGUCCUUGUGGGACUAACAGAUGCCAUUGAGCUGCAAGUUCCUUUAUUUAUAGUCUUUACUCUUGUUUAUUUGAUCACACUGGUUGGGAACCUUGGGAUGAUCUUGUUGAUUCUGCUGGACUCACGACUCCACAAUCCCAUGUACUUUUUCCUCAGUAAUCUCUCUCUGGUGGACUGUGUCUAUGCCUCAGCUGUCAAUCCUAAAGUAAUGGAAGGGUUCCUCACAGGAAAUAAGAUCAUAUCCUACAAAGCCUGUGCUGCCCAGAUGUUCUUCUUUGCAGCCUUUGCUACUAUUGAAAGUUUCAUUCUGGCCUCAAUGGCCUUUGACCGACAUGCAGCAGUGUGUAAGCCCCUGCAUUACACCACCACCAUGACAAGCACCACGUGUAUCCUAAUUGUCACCUCCUCUUAUAUGUGUGGACUCCUGCAGUCCUCCAUCCACAUUGCCUUCGCUUUUCACCUCUCCUUCUGUCAUUCCAAUGUGAUUAAUCACUUUUUCUGUGACAUUCCCCCACUUUUGGCUCUCUCUUGUUCAGAUAUAAACAUAAACGAGAUCAUAGUCUUUACAUUAGCUCUGUUUGAUGUUGUUGUUACUCUGUUCAUCAUCUUGAACUCUUACCUGUUUAUUUUCAUUGCUAUCCUGAGGAUGCGCUCAGCUGAAGCAAGGAGGAAGGCCUUCUCCACCUGUGCAUCCCACCUCACCACUGUAUCUAUCUUCUUUGGGACAAUCAUCUUUAUGUACCUACAGCCGAGCUCCAGUCACUCUACGGACACUGAUAAAAUCGCAUCUGUAUUCUACACCAUGGUCAUCCCCAUGCUGAACCCUCUGGUCUACAGUCUGAGAAACAAAGAAGUAAAAAAUUCAUUCAAGAAGGUUGCCAGGAAAGCAAAGUCAUCAUUGUGCUUAGCUAAUGAAUUGUAA